AUGUUUUCAUCAAGCGAACCUGUAAUUAUUACGCCAACAGAUCAGGUCAGUGUAACUGUUGUUCGUAAAUCCGAUGGACAUUCAAUGACAUUUGUAUUGGAUGAAAAAACACAUAUUCAUGAUUUAAAACAUGAAUUAAAACGACGAUUAAAACCACGAUAUGAACAAGGCUGCCGUCUUAUCUUUCGUAAUAAAGUACUCAAAGGUAAACAUACACUUAAACAUUAUGGUAUAAAGAAAGGCGUUAAUGAUCAAGCUAUUUCGAUGGAUGAUACAAAAGAAUGGAAAUCAUCAUCAUCAUCAUCGGAUUCUGACCAAGAUAAAUAA